AUGAAGCCCUUUUCUUUCUUGGCAUCUAUACUUUUCUACCUUCAGCUUCUUUUUUUGCUUACUUUAUGUUUAAUGUGGUUUGGUCCUAACAAAAUUGUGGCAGUGGCUUUGGGAAACCAAACAGAUCAUUUGGCAUUGCUCAAAUUCAAAGAAUCAAUAUCUAGUUAUCCAUAUGGAACUCUUGAAUCUUGGAAUACUUCCAUUCACUUCUGCAAGUGGCAUGGAAUCACAUGCAGCCCCAUGCAUCAAAGAGUUAUAGAGCUGAACUUAGGAGGAUAUCAGUUACAUGGAUCUCUAUCUCCUCAUGUGGGCAAUCUCUCUUUUCUGAUCAAACUCAACCUUAGCCGCAACAACUUCAUUGGAGAAAUACCACAGGAGUUGGGUCAGUUGAUACAAUUGCAACAACUUCAUCUUUUCUAUAACUCGUUUACGGGUGAAAUUCCUACAAACUUAACAUAUUGCUCCAAUCUCAAAGGCUUGUUUUUGGGAGGGAACAACUUGACUGGAAAAAUACCAAUUGAAAUUGGCUCUUUGAAAAAGCUUCAAGUAUUCAGCCUUGGGAAAAAUAAUUUAACCGGAGGAAUCCCUUCAUUCAUAGGGAAUCUUUCACACUUAAAAGUUUUAGUAUUUGACUAUAACAACUUUGCGGGACAUAUUUCAGAACAAGUAUGUCGCCUCACAAACGUGUCACUUUUAAGUUGGGGUGAGAACAAUUUAUCUGGUACGAUUCCUUCUUGUCUUUACAAUAUCUCGUCAAUUGGUUGGCUGUUAACAGCAGCGAAUAAUUUUCAUGGCUCUCUUCCACCUAAUAUGUUCCACACACUUCCAAAUCUCAUACAAUUUCAAAUCGGUGGGAAUCAAAUCUCUGGCACUAUUCCAACUUCAAUUAUAAAUUCAUCUUCCUUGGUAUAUAUUGAUAUCAGUCAAAAUUCUUUUGUUGGACAAGUUCCAAAUCUCGAAAGGCUAAAAGAUUUGCAAUAUUUGAAUUUGGAACUCAAUAUUUUAGGUAGCAAUUCAACUAAUGAUUUGGAUUUUUUAAAAUCUUUGACAAACUGUAGUAGAUUGUUUCUGCUUUCUAUAUCCUAUAAUAAUUUUGGUGGCAUUCUGCCAAAUGCCAUAGGCAAUUUAUCCACUGAACUCAAUAGACUACUUCUUGGGUUUAACCAGAUAACAGGAAAAAUUCCUGCAGAGUUAGGACAUCUAGUUGGCUUAAUUGCCUUGACCAUGCCAUUCAACCACUUUGAAGGAAUGAUUCCAACUACUUUUGGGAAGUUCCAAAAGAUGCAACGAUUAGAAUUGGUUGGAAACAAGCUGUUAGGAAAUAUACCACCCUUUAUAGGUAAUCUUAGUCGAUUGUAUUAUUUGGAUAUACAUCUUAAUAUGUUUGACGGAAAUAUUCCUCCAAGUAUAGAAAACUGCCAACAAUUACAAUAUCUAGAUUUUUCACAGAAUCAGCUUAGAGGAACCAUACCUUUAGAGGUUUUUAAGCUUUCUUCUUUAUCAAUCUUGUUGAAUUUGUCACAUAACUUUUUGAGUGGAAUCUUACCAAAAGAAGUUGGCAUGCUUAAAAAUAUUGGUUUGUUGGAUGUCUCUGAGAAUCAUCUAUCUGGGGAUAUUCCUACAACAAUUGGUGAAUGCUCAAGCUUAGAAUAUAUUCUUUUGCAAUCAAACUUCUUUAAUGGAACAAUACCAUCUACUUUGGCUUCUCUCAAAGGUCUUCGGUAUUUAGACCUUUCAAGAAAUCGUUUGACAGGAUCAAUUCUUGAUGUUAUGCAAAAUUUCUCAGUUUUGAAACAUUUAAAUGUUUCUUUUAACAUGUUGGAAGGCGAGGUACCAAUAGAUGGUGUCUUUGGAAAUGCUUCUCAAGUAGCAAUUAUUGGAAACAAUAAACUUUGUGGAGGUAUUUCACAGCUGCAUCUACAACCAUGCCCUAUAAAAGGUAGGAGACAGGAAAACCACCAUAAAUUCAAGUUGGUAGCACUGAUAGUCAGUGGAGUUUGUUUUAUUCUCAUACUUUCAUUCACUAUAACUAUCUACUGGAUGAGGAAAAGAAAUAAAAAACAAUCUUCUGAUUCACCAUCAAUUGAUCAACUAGCUAAGGUUUCAUACCAAGACUUGCAUCGAGGAACUAAUGGUUUCUCGACUGAAAACUUGAUCGGUUCAGGAAGUUUUGGUUCUGUGUAUAAAGGAAAUCUUUUGUCAGAAGAUAGUGUUGUUGCCGUAAAGGUCCUGAACCUCCAAAAUAAGGGAGCUCACAAGAGUUUCGUUGUUGAAUGUAACGCACUCAAAAGCAUAAGGCAUCGAAAUGUAGUCAAGAUUUUAACAUGUUGUGUUAGUACGGAUUACAAAGGUCAAGAAUUUAAAGCUCUAGUUUUUGAUUACAUGAAAAAUGGAAGCUUAGAACAAUGGUUGCAUCCCGGAAUUCUCAAUGUUGAGCAUCCAACACCAUUGAACCUUGGUCUUAGAUUAAACAUCAUUAUCGAUGUUGCGUCUGCAUUACAAUAUCUUCAUCAAGAAUGUGAACAACUGGUCAUUCAUUCUGAUUUAAAGCCAAGCAACGUCCUUCUUGAUGAUGACAUGGUUGCUCAUGUGAGUGAUUUUGGCAUUUCAAGACUUGUCUCAGCCAUUGGUGUUACCUCUCAUAAGAAUACUAGUACAAUUGUAUUUAAAGGAACAGUUGGUUAUACUCCUCCAGAGUACGGAAUGGGUUCUGAAGUAUCCACAUGCGGUGACAUGUAUAGCUUUGGAAUCCUUCUGUUGGAAAUUUUUACCGGUAGAAGACCCACCGAUGAAGCUUUUGAAAAUGGUCAAAAUCUGCAUAACUUUGUUGCAAGAUCAUUUCCUGAUAAUCUUAGAGAGAUUUUGGACCCGUGUCUUGUACCUAGACAUGGAGAAGUUGAAGUAGAAGAUGGAAAUCGUGAGAAUCUUGCUCUAAAUGUAAAAGAGGGCUUAGUUUCACUCUUUAGGGUUGGACUUACUUGUUCAAUGGAAUCACCAAAAGAAAGAAUGAAUAUUGUUGAUGUCACUAGAGAGCUAAUCAUAAUCAAAAAGACCAUUUUUCCUGGUGUUCACUAG